AUGGAGAAGGACGCUUUGCGCCGUACAAACUCGGACCCGGGGCGUCUCGCGGCCUCGCUAGCGCCAGUUCCGCCCGUCGACUUUGCCGACGCUACGGACUUUCGCCGCCUCUACCACUACUCGGGCUCGACGCCCAAGGUAUCAGCACCUGUGCGUGCGACGAUUGCGCAGACGCUUGCAACGAUCUACGACCCUUUUAUAUCGGCUGUGCUCUCCCUCGACGAUGCGUCCUUUGAGGAGAUGGACGUAGCUGCGCGCGUCGAGCACUUGCUCCAGGCAUCGUACUUUACCGACGAGCUUACGCCACUCGCGCCGAAGAUAGAGACAAAAGAAACCACACUGACGCACGCGUUCCUCUCGCUCCUCAAGUCCUUUGUCGGCACGGGAAUCCUCUUCUUGCCACAGGGUUUUCAGCGCGGCGGCGUCAUCUUCGCACCAAUCCUGCUCACGGCCAUUGCGAUCGUCACAGUGUUUGCAAUGCUGCGACUGCUUGCGUGCCGCGCGCGUAUCGGCGGGUCGUACAGCCACAUCGGUAGCGUCGUACUGGGUCCUGUCGGCCACCGCCUCGUGCAGACGUCGCUCGUGCUCAUGCAGUUUGGGUUUUGCUGCUCGUACAUCAUCUUUGUCGCGCAGAACCUCCGCGAUGUCUCCGUGUACUUUGAGACGCCCAUAUCGCUCACGAGCCUCAUUUUGCUGCAGACGCUCGUCUACAUACCUCUAUCGUGGAUUCGCUAUAUGCGGUACUUUACGUUGAGCAACCUCGUCGCGGAUGUUUUUGUCUUGUACGCUAUUGUGUACAUUAUGUACACGAAUGGUCGCAUGCUCGCGGCCAAUGGCAUUGCCGAGCCGCUCGAAGGCUUCAACACGAGCGACUACUCGAUCUUUCUCGGCACCGCCGUGUUUGUGUUUGAGGGCAUCGGACUUAUCAUUCCAACCCAGGCCGCUCUCGCGCCAAACCUACAGCCUCAGUUCCCGUCGCUCCUUGCCAAGACAAUCGCGGGCUGCGUCGUCUUCUUUUCGCUAUUUGCGAGCGUCAACUACGCGGCGAUUGGCAACGCUGUCCAGCCCAUGAUCCUCUCGAGUUUGCCGCGGACACCGCAAACAAUGGCCGUCCAGGCUGGUUACGCCUUUGCGCAGACGCUCGCGUAUCCGCUCUUCCUCUUUCCAGCACUCCAGAUCGUUGAAGACGUUCUUGGCUUCCAGCGUCGGUCGUCGGGGCUCAAGGCGCAAAAAAUGUUGUGCGGACGCUCGUGGUUCUCUCCACGGUCGCCAUCGCGUACGCUGGUCAAGCGCAUUUGGACCUUUUCGUGUCGCUUGUGGGCGCCUUUUGCUGCGCGACACUGGGCUAACAAGGCGCUUGACUACGGCACGAUCGGUAUCGGCCUCUUCAUCUUCUUCUUUGUGACGUGGACCAACGUCGUGCAAUGGUACCUCGGGUCCGCCUGA